UUUAUUUUCUUUUUUUUUUUUUCUUUUUCCUUUUUUUCUUUUUCUUUUUCUCCCCAUUCUUCUUCUUUAUAUCUUGACAUAUACAAAACAUUAUGAACUCUAUAAUAAAAUGGACACCAUUACUGACUAGAAAUAAACGACUCUUUGCGACUUCGCGACGAUUUUACACGACGGAGUUGAAUACAGAACAAAAGAAAAUGGGUGCAGUCAAAGGAGGAUUGAUUGGGUUUUUAGUUGGUGUGUCCAUCACAGGUGCUAUUGGUUAUUAUUAUUUACUAGAAGAAUAUAAUAGUGCAUCCGAAUCAUUAAUGAAAUCUGUGGAAGAACUACAACAUAGUACAGAAAAGGUUCGGGAUUAUGCACAACGCAUUGAAUCUAUAGACAAAGACUUGACCAAUUUAAAGAAAACCGCAGCGACUCAACAACAAUUGGAUGAAAGCAAGAUUCAACUCCGGAAGCUCUAUGAUACAUUGAAUAUUGAACAUUUGGAUUUGAAGACUCAUGUUUGGGGAUUAGAAAAAGAUUUGAAUACACUUAUAGUUAGAAAAUAAAAAAGUGAAAUAAAAUUUUUUUUUCGGAUUUGAAAUAUGA